AAAUGUGAAGAAUGUGACAAAGCCUUUCACUGUCAUUCACAUCUUACUCAACAUACAGUGAUCCAUUCUGAAGAGAAACCCUACAAAUGUGAAGAAUGUGGCAAAGCCUUUCAAUUUCAUUCACUCCUUACUCGACAUAUGAUGAUCCAUACUGGAGAGAAACCCUACAAAUGUGAAGAAUGUGGCAAAGUCUUUCGCUCUCGUUCACAUCUUACUCAACAUACAAUGAUCCAUACUGGAGAGAAACCCUACAAAUGUGAAGAAUGUGGCAAAGCCUUUCACACUCGUUCACAUCUUACUCAGCAUACACUGAUCCAUACUGGAGUGAAACGCUACAAAUGUGAAGAAUGUGGCAAAGCCUUUCGCUCUCAUUCAAAUCUUACUCAACAUACAGUGAUCCAUACUGGAGAGAAACCCUACAAAUGUGAAGAGUGUGGCAAAGCCUUUCACAUUCGUUUACUCCUUACUCGACAUAUGAUAACCCAUACUGGAGAGAAACCCUACAAAUGUGAAGAGUGUGGCAAAGCUUUUCAAUCUUCUAAACAUCUUACUCAACAUACAGUGAUCCAUACUGGAAAGAAACCCUACAAAUGUGAAGAAUGUGGCAAAGCCUUUCAAUUUCAUUCACUCCUUACUCGACAUAUGAUGAUCCAUACUGGAGAGAAACCCUACAAAUGUGAACAAUGCAGCAAAGCCUUUCAUUCUGCUUCACAUCUUACUCAACAUACAGAAAUCCAUACUGGAGUUAAAUGCUACAAAUGUAAAGAAUGUGGCAAAGCCUUUCACUCUCGUUCAAAUCUUACUAAACAUACUGUGAUCCAUACUGGAAUCAAACCCUACAAAUGUGAAGAAUGUGGCAAAACCUUUCACUCUCGUUCAAAACUUACUCGACAUACGAUGAUCCAUACUGGAGAGAAACCCUACAAAUGUGAAGAAUGUGGCAAAGCCUUUUGCUUUCAAGGAGACUUUGCUAGACAUAAGACCAUUCAUACUGGAGAGAAACCCUAUAAAUGUGCAGAAUGUGGCAAAGCCUUUCACACUCGUUCAAAUCUUACUCGACAUACGAUGAUCCAUACUGGAGAGAAACCCUACAAAUGUAAAGAAUGUGGCAAAGCCUUUCACUCUCGUUCCCUCCUUAUUCAGCAUACAGUGAUCCAUACUGGAGAGAAACCCUACAAAUAUUAA